AUGAGUACAGCAGUAAGAGUAACACAGGAUAUAAAAGAUAACGACAAUGGAACAGGAGCAAGCAAUCAUGAACAGGGUGAAAAGUGCGCGGAAAAUGCGCAGAAAAUGCGCGGCCGCGCAUUGACCGCGCAUAUGGGGCAGAACAGUGUGAAAAGUGCGCGGCCAAGUGCGCGGCCAUGCACUGAAACCCCAAAACCAAGGUUCCGCCGGAAGAAAAUAUUGGCUAGAAAAACUGGAGCUUCUAGUUCUUUGACAAAAGCUCUAAAUGAGAAAUUGAGGGCUAUCCCGAAGAAGGAAAGUUCUGCUAAAGAAUCUGACUCCAGCUCUGAGUCUGAAGCUUUUAUCUCUGCCAGCGAAGGGGAAGAACAUGGUUCCUCUGACACUGAUAAGAAUCAAGAAACCCCUGGUGAGAUAAUAGGUUUCAUUUUGGUUGGUUCUGUGAAAGAUGUAAAGGGGGCUGAGUCAAGUAGGAAGGGAAGUAAAAAGAAAGAAAAAGAUGAACCAGGUUCAUCUGUUGAGGAAACCCUAGCUGACAUUCUGAAAAAGGUUAGAGCCAUCUAUGAUCCAAAGAAGUGCAAAGCUUCCUCACAAAAGGCUCCAACUGCUUCCAAGCCAACAAAGAAAAGUAAAGUGUCAUCUCCAAAGCCUACUGUCCCUUCAGUACCAAAGGGAAGAGCUACUAGAAGCAAGGCUCGUGUUGCUAAUUUGGAAGCUGUAAGAGAUGGCCUUUGA